AGGAAAGGAAAGGAAGGGAAAAGGAAGCGCGCCGGUAGGAGGGGAGCGCAGCGCCCGGUGAGGUCAAGUCAUUCUGCUGACUUCUACCAGACUGGCUGUUAGGUUUAAAACACAGUGUGCACACAUACAAGUAACCUGAAGGUAAUACUGACGAUAUAUAGACUUAGAGAAGGCUCUGAACCAUGGAUAGCCUCUGUACAGCAAAUACCACUUUUGCACUUGACCUCUUAAGAAAGCUGUGCAAGAACAAAAGCGGGCAGAAUCUAUUCUUUUCUCCUUUUAGUAUUUCUUCUGCUUUGUCUAUGAUUUUGCUGGGUUCAAAAUGUAACACUGAGGUCCAAAUAGCAAAGGUGCUUUCUCUGAACAAAGCUGAGGAUGCUCACAAUGGAUAUCAAUCACUUCUAUCUGAAAUUAACGAUCCGAACACCAAAUAUAUACUGAGAACUGCUAAUCGACUUUAUGGAGAAAAGACAUUUGAGUUUCUCUCAUCAUUUAUAGAGUCGAGUCAGAAAUUCUACCAUGCUGGACUAGAACAGACUGACUUCAUGCAUGCUUGGGAGGAUUCCAGAAAACAAAUAAAUGGCUGGGUAGAGGAAAGGACUGAAGGUAAAAUUCAGAACCUGUUGGCGGAGGGGAUUCUCAAUUCACUGACCAAACUUGUGUUGGUGAAUGCCAUCUAUUUCAAAGGCAACUGGGAAAAGCAGUUCAACAAAGAGAGAACAGCGGAAAUGCCAUUUCAAAUUAACAAGGAAGAGACCAAACCUGUGCAGAUGAUGUUCAAGAAGGACAGAUUUAACAUGACCUAUAUUGGGGACUUCCAGACCAAAAUCCUUGAGCUCCCUUAUGUCGGUAAUGAACUCAGCAUGAUCAUCCUGCUCCCUGAUGCAAUCCAGGAUGGAUCCACUGGCUUGGAAAGACUGGAAAGUGAACUUACGUAUGAGAAGCUAAUAGAUUGGAUCAAUCCUGAAAUGAUGGACUGUACAGAGGUGAGGGUGUCUUUACCCAGAUUUAAACUGGAAGAAGAUUAUGAUCUGAAACCCCUUCUGAGCAGCAUGGGAAUGCCUGAUGCAUUUGAGUUAGGGAAGGCAGACUUCUCGGGAAUCUCGGCUGGCAACGAGCUGGUGCUCUCUGAAGUAGUUCACAAGUCCUUUGUGGAAGUCAACGAAGAAGGCACUGAAGCGGCAGCUGCCACGGCAGGAAUGAUGGUGCUGCGCUGUGCAAUGAUCGUUCCAGAAUUCACUGCUGAUCAUCCCUUCCUCUUCUUCAUCCGGCACAACAAAACUUCCAGCAUUUUGUUCUGUGGCAGAUUUUGCUCUCCCUAAAAAGGAGAUGUCUUGGCAGAAGAGCCGCAUUUACACAUGUUCUGUUUCUUUAGAAUAGGGCUACUUUUUUUGCACUAAUUGCCUCUUUCAGCUGUGCCUGAAUCCACUUCUGUGGUCUUCAUCGCAGGCUUGAAUAGAACAGAGCCACUUAGACAUACAUGGCAACUGCCACUUACAACAACUCCCUUGCCCUGUGCACCUGAGUGCAGAGGUCUCUGACUUCUGCUGACACAAGAAAUGUCCCACUUGCUCAGUGAACGCUUCGGCUGUCCUUGUAGUCCCCAUUGCGCUUCACUUUUCAGGGCCACCAGGCAGCAGAUCAGCCAGUGACAUCUCAUAGGAAGGGAAGAAGUUAAUUUUGUUUCUGACGAGGCUGGAGCACAUCUUUAGCUCCCUUCCCCCUUUUUCCUCCUGCCCCCCCUCUUUUUUCUUCCGGACUCAUCCAUUUAAUGUCUUGAUACAUUCCUUAGAGAUGAAAGGAGUCUUUGGCAGCCUGUUCCAAGUGUUGCUAAGCAUCCUGACUAGACAGGUUUUUUUGGGUAAUAACUGGACAAGCACUUAGGCAAGAAUGGGAAUAAAAGUAUGUCUUUGUACCAAACGUCCUUAUAGGAUAUUCGGGGGGUGAGGAUCACUGUUUUAUCAUCACAGGAUACCUGGGUUUAUUACCUAUCACUGAGUUUAUUAGUCAUUUAACAAAGAAUGUAAUGAAAAAGCAUAUGGUGCCUCUGCAAUAUUUAAAUGACAAAGCUUUAAUUUUUUGCUACUGUUAUAUAUUUUUCUUAUUUGUAGUUUCUGAAACAGUUUAACUGUGUAAUACCAAAGACAUAGCUGAAAUAGCUUUCCUAAUACAGUGAUUUGUUUUGCUGUUCCUGUUCCUGAAAUAAAAAAACUGUAAGUGCU